AUGCCAGCUCACAGAGAUUGCUGCGCUUCGCGCGACACCAUCAACCAGGAUGCCCCGUUCCGCAUUGACUUCCACACGCAUAUCAUGCCUAGCAAGCUACCCGACAUGGGCACUGGGGAUAAUUGGCCCAACAUGAGACCCAAUGCUGAAGACUCAGGCAAGGUGGACAUGUUUGUUGGGAACACAUUUUUCCGAACGGUGGAGCCAAACUGCUUCGAUGCCGUAGCACGCAUAGCAGAGAUGGACAAAUCGAAUGUCGACGUGCAGGUACUGAGCACUGUGCCGGUACUUUUCUGCUACGACAAACCUGUGGAGCCAGCCAUACGAUUCGCUCGAUUCCUCAACGAUGAUAUUGCCCGACUUUGCGACGAGCAUCCAACACGGUUCAUCGGCUUGGGUACUGUCCCGCUGCAAGAUGUCAAAGCGGCCAUCGUCGAGAUGCGACGAUGCAAGGAAAUGGGUCUGCAGGGGAUCGAGAUAGGCACGACAAUCGGCGAUGUGAACCUCGAUGACAGACGUCUGAAUCCAUUCUGGCAGGCUUGCGAAGCGCUAGAAAUGCCCUUGUUCGUACACCCCUUGGGCUACGCGCUUCCUGCAGAGAACAGCAAGCGGUGGAGUCGAUAUUGGAGCAGCUGGCUGGUAGGCAUGCCUUGUGAGACAGCUCUGUCUAUACACGCUCUGACUUCAGGAGGUGUCUUUGUCAAGUACCCGAAGCUGCGAAUGCUCUUUGCUCAUGCUGGAGGGGCGUUCCCUGCGUUACUGGGUCGCAUCCAGCAUGGCUACGGUUGCCGACCAGAUCUCGUUGCGACAGAUGCCGCCAAUGUGACUCCAACAGAACAUCUAUGCGAUCGGGACAACAUUUGGGUCGACAGUCUGGUUCAUGAUCCGGACCUACUCGAGUACUUGGUCAAGAAGAUGGGCCCCGACAGGAUUGUUAUGGGGAGCGACUUUUCAUUUCCUCUGGGUGAGAUGCCAGAGGCUGGAAAUAUGCUUGCUGCAGAUGAUCAUUUGUCAUCGUUCCUGUGUAGGCAGGACAGAGCGAAGAUGCUGUCUAGCAACGCGCUACGGUUUCUAGACCUCGACCGUGAUCCGCGUUGGCUGCACGUUAUUCAAUAG